AACAAAAACAAAAGAAAACAAAUAAAUAAUAAAAAAUAAGAAUAACCGCGGCUGCUCUGUACACCAAAGCCACACAGAGAGUUCGUCUCUUUCUAUUUCCUUGCUAAUUGAUUCAAGUUAAAGAGAUCGCACCGAAAUUUUUUUUUUUUUUAAAUCCAAAAAAGCUCUUAAAAACAGUAAAAAUUUGAGAGAUCCUUGUUUUAAAAUCGAUUUAUUUGAUUUCGAAUUUAAACCAUUUGAAAAUGUUGGUUUGUUGUUUGGCUUCCUGAUCGUGUUUCAGGUCUUGAUUGAAAUCAGGGUAAAUAUCCGCUUUUUUCUUUGGUGGGUUUUAGUGGUUGUAGAAAAGGAUUAGUAUAAGAAACCUGUGGGCUUGGAAUUAUAGAAAAUUAAGUUCGAGAACUUGAUAUUUGGGCGAGGUUUUCUUUUUUUUUUGUUAUUUUUUUGAAUGAUUUCGUUGGGGAGUAACGAUGCGAGGAAAGGGCUAAAGUUUGCUGGAAGAGAAAUGGAAGAGACUGAGCUUGAAGAAGGAGAGGCUUGCUCUUAUAGUAACAAUAACGAUGAUUAUGAUGCCACCACAGACACCGAAAAUGAUCUAUCUUCUCUCUCCUACAUAGAUGAGAAAAUUCAACAUGUUCUUGGACAUUUUCAGAAAGAUUUUGAAGGUGGAGUUUCUGCAGAGAAUCUGGGUGCAAAGUUUGGUGGAUAUGGGUCAUUCUUACCUACUUAUACACGUUCUCCGGGUUGGCCUCAUCCGAAUAGUUCUCCAAAAGUUCAGAGCUGGCAUGCACCGAGAUCGCCCCCAAAAAUGCCAUUGGAGGUUGUGUUUUCUCAAUUUGUCACAUUUUCCUCGGAAAUAGAAUUUAUUUCAUACAAAGAAGGAAUCUUUCACAGGAUCUUGGUUUAUUUGAGAAGUCCAAGUUAAACCGGCUGCUUACUUUGUUUUG